AUGUCUUGCCCUCCCCGCGUUCGCGAGGCCUUCGCCCUCUUCGACAACGAUGGAGACGGCGAAAUCUCGGGGCGAGAAAUCCUCCUCACCAUCCGUUCCUGCGGUGUCAUCCCCACCCAAGAAGAAAUGAAGUCUCUCCCAGCCACCAUGUCGUGGCCCGAUUUUGAAGCGUGGAUGUCGAAGAAGCUGUCGUCAUGCAAGCCAGAAGAAGAUUUGAUCAAGGCCUUCAAGGUCUUUGAUCGCUCGAACGACGGAACCAUCUCGACCGACGAGCUGUCGCAAGUUAUGAUUGCGCUCGGCGAGUUGCUUUCCGACGAGGAAGUGAAAGGCAUGAUCAAGGACGCCGAUCCGAACGGCACAGGCAGAAUCCAGUACGCCAACUUUGUCAAGAUGCUCCUCGCCUAA